UCUAUCUUACCUUCUGGCCCAUCGAUGCCUGGUACUCAGUCACAAUCAAUGAACUUAAUCCAUCGCUGUUAAACCUGUACAUCAAGAAUCAAACCAUUUCUGUCACUACCUAUCGUCCUGUCUAUCUCCGUGGCGCUCCACAUCCCAUUAACAUCAUCCUCCUCCGUCUUGACUUUAUAACGUUGAAGACACACGAUCAUCGCCGCUGAGCCCCGCCACCACAUUACCAGUCGCCAGCAUAGCCACAGAUCAAUAUGUCCGCGGAGCCCAACUCCCAAUUUGCGCCCGAGCCGAAGAUCCAGAACAAGGAUCGCGAGCUGACCUUCAAGCAAAAACUGGACCAGGCCGCCCACGAUGCUCGGAAACCCGACGACGAGCCCAAGCAGAACCCAAUCAUUGAGAAAGUGACACAGUACAUCCCAGCCGUCGCCAAUAUCCUUGGACAUCCGCAGGAGGAGAAAGGUGAGAAGGUAUCGCGGCCUGGAAUUCCUGGACCCCCAGAACGGCCUUACGACGACACCCAGGUCGAAGAGUUCAUUCGGCAACAGCACCGUAGCAAGGGAGAGGACGGUUUGCUUCAAUGAACACGAAGCGCGACUGAGAACCGCCAUGGAAACCGCCAAUUCGCAAGGACACCACGGCGUGAAUGGGCUGUCAUUGGAUUGGCAUUAUUUGGGUAAAUUUUCACACAAGCACGCGCCCAUACGACGAAACGAAGUCGGCUUUGCACUUUACAUCCCUCGAUGUCAUCCUAUUAUCCAAG